AGCAUUAACAAAAAAUAAAUAAAUUUGUUUUGUUUAUGAGUGAAAAUGUCGCAUUGUCGUACUUGUGGUAAGAUGAUCUACUGCGUGACAGCCAAUAAUCUAUUUAAACAGCCAAAUAACAUAAUGCUGCAUCAAAUAGAAGCACUUACAGGACUAUUUUUACCAGAAGGCAACGAAUUUCCUGUGCACAUUUGUGGGCCUUGUGAAGUGUCGCUGCGAGAGGCCGUUGGGUUUCGGGAGCGCAUAAUAAGAACUCAACAGAGGCUUAUGAAUAGUAAAAGUAUAACACAAGCGUUGCAAGAAAUUGAUUUGGAAGAAGUAGAAAAACUGGAGUCACAGUACACAGCUGAAGGUAGAGAAGAAUCAAAGAGCGAAGAUGACGACUAUGAAGAAGAUACGGAGUCUGAGGCGUCAAGUGGAGUGAAGGAAGAGAAAACUGAUAAUCCAAAUAAGAUCGUAGAACUAGAGAAAGCUGUGACUUCGACAGAAGAAUCAGCUGAACCACCAGCAGGUGUGUCCGAUAAGCAAGCUAAGCCGACUGAAAAACUUUAUGUUAAGCUUAGCUUUGUUGCCAAUACCAAGCACACACCGCGAAUAAAUUGGAGCAAGUUGACAGAGGAGGAAAUAGUGGCUCUUAAGCGUGAACGGCGUAAGCGGGAUUGCAUUUGUGAACUAUGUGGCAGACACUUUACCUGUCCAAGCAAUUUUAAAGUGCAUCUUUUACGGCAUACGGGCGUUAAGAACUAUGAAUGCAAGCAGUGUACUUUAAAGUUUUAUACGCCACACUUACUACGACGCCAUGAGCUGGCGCAUCUCAGCGAAAAGCCUUAUCCUUGUCAAUAUUGUGGGCAAACAUUUGCCGACCAUAGCGGCAGAAUACAGCAUGAGCGCAACCGCCAUACAAACUACAGGCCAUAUAAAUGCAACAAAUGUGAUAAGGCCUUUACAGUGAACAACAAACUCAAAGUCCACAUGCUAAGUCACUCAGGAGUCCGUACAUUUCACUGCGAAAUUUGCAAAGUAUCCUUUAUGCGACGACCACAUUUGGCUGCACAUUUUCGUUCCAAGGGUCACGAACAAAAUGCUCAGAGUGUCAUUGACAUUGAGACUGUCAAUACAUAAGAUCACUAGCUUAGCAUACAUAUUUAUUAAAUAUAUUUUUAUAAAUUUAGUUUAUUUACAAAACAAUGCAUAUUUUGGAUCUGCCCAAUGAGUGUCUGCUGCUUAUUUUACAACAGCUGGAGCCGAAGAAUCAAAUAAUGAUGGGGGCGACGUGUAAGCGUUUUGAGUUCAUCUACGAAAUGCUACCUUGGGACGAUUAUAGAACCUACUCUUGGUAUGAGCAGCAUAGGGACUGGACGCCUAUUGAAGUGGAAGCAUUCUUUAUGCUUCAUGGAUACAAAAUCCAUGUAUUGUCCAUCUCAGACACGCCCCAGAAUUCCUUCUAUUGGAAAAGGACACCCCUUCCUAAGGAUGCUUAUAUGAUAAAGGCAUGCGUUUAUUUUGAAAAUGUUCAUUCGCUAAUAUUACUUUUAGACCAAAAACUGGCUGAUAUUAUUGUGGAAAUCAGCAAGCACUUGCGGAAACUGAGAAACCUAACAAUUGAAAGCAUUUUUCAUCCGAACUAUGAAUGUUUGGCACAACUACCGCAACUUACAGGCUUAGAUAUACAACAAUUUAUCAAUACUGAAGAUAAACUCUUCCAAAAAUUGUCACUGUGCUGUCCAGAUCGCUUGAAGUACCUACGUAUUGGCACAGAAUUAAGCUUGGAUAACGGCAAGCACAUAUCUAAGUUAACUUCCUUAAAGUUGUUAAACAUUUGCAAUCCAACCAGUCGAUUUCUAAAGUGUGUGCUGAUGAAAUUAGCCAACAUUAAUGUUAUUAGUUUAGGUAAUGCACAGCAGUUGCGAUUUGGUGAUUUAAGGCUUUUGAUCAUCAAUUUGAAGCAGCUCUCUACUCUGCUUAUAAGUCAAUGCGCUAGAUUGAACAAAAUCUUUAUAGAUUUCAUUGUGUAUUAUUUAAUGAUUGAAGUUAAUAGGAAGUGCUGCAAACGUCGUCUACCGUUUCAACUCCAUCUCAAUGGCACUGGAGUCCAAAACAGCAUAAAUGAGCUCCCACUAAUAGCACGUUCUGCUUCAAUAAUUGUAAUUGACGUUGCUAAUAAUUAAAUAUUUAUUGACUGAUUGUUGCCACUAACAAUAUAAUAUUUGCAAUAUUU